ACAGUGUAGUAAUAUAUACGGUGGUUCUUUCAAUGCAGGCACGUGUACGUAUUGUGUCUGCUUGUAAUUUAUAAGCCUUAAAAGCUUGUAAUAAUAUUGACUUUAUAAAAGUAUUGACAAAAUAUAUAAAAAAUGGUUGUGAUUGGGAAGAAGAAGUACCAGUCGGGUGAGGGAGCCCAAUUUAUGAGCCGAAAAGCAGCGAUGAAGAAGUUACAAUUGUCUCUGAAACAGUUUCGUAAACUUUGUAUCUUGAAAGGAAUAUAUCCACGUGAACCGCGUAAUCGUAAACGUGCGCAGCAGGGUCAUACUGGCAUUAAAACAUUAUAUCACAAAAAAGACAUACAGUUUUUGAUGCACGAACCAAUAAUAUGGAAGUUGCGAGAGUACAAGAUUUUUGGUAAAAAAGUAAGCAAGGCUAAAGCCUUACGUGACUUUGGAGCCUUGAGGCGGUAUCUCCAGAAUCAUCCAACAUUAAAACUUGACCACAUUGUGAAAGAACGUUAUCCCACAUUUAUUGACGCGUUGCGAGACUUGGAUGAUUGUCUUACACUCUGCUUUUUAUUUAGUACUUUUCCAUCUAUGAAAUAUGUACCCAGGGAUCAGACUAUUUUAUGUAGAAGAUUAACAGUCGAGUUUAUACAUGCUGUUAUAGCUGCUAAAGCCCUUCGUAAAAUAUUUGUAUCGAUCAAAGGAUAUUAUUAUCAAGCUGAUAUAAGAGGGCAAACUGUCACAUGGAUAGUUUCCCAUCACUUUUGUUUCGAACCACAGUCAAAGUUAGAAGUUGACUUCCGUAUCAUGUCGACGUUUGUAGAAUUUUACGUGACUAUGCUGGGUUUUGUCAACUUCCGAUUAUAUCAUUCACUCAACUUGCAUUAUCCACCAAAAUUCACUAAUGCAGGCACCAGUGAUAAAACAUUGGUAGAUGAAGAAGCUUAUGUAUCCGAAAGAAUCAGUGCUCUGAAUACACCAUUGGCCAGUUUAAAUGCAACUACAGAAAGUCUCGAGGAAGAAGUGGACAUAGAUAAUUUCUCAAAUGAAACCGAUCCAUCUCAGUUGGAAGCUGCAAAAUUGGAAAUGACAAAAAUAAAGAAAUUAAAGACCCUGUUCAAGGGUCUGAAAUUCUUCAUUAACAGAGAAGUUCCGAGAGAACCUCUUGUUUUUGCACUACGCUCCUUUGGCGGUGAAGUGUCCUGGGACAAAUUGCUCUUUGUAGGAGCUACGUUUGAUGAGAAUGAUGAGUCUAUUACUCAUCAUAUCGUAGACAGACCAAGUAUGGAUAAGCAAUUUAUCUCGAGAUACUAUGUCCAGCCACAAUGGGUAUUUGACUCAGUAAAUGCCAGAGAAUUGUUACCCGUGGAAAAGUACCUUAUGGGCUGCAUUUUACCGCCACAUUUGUCUCCGUUCACGGACAGUCAACGAGAUCAAACUUACAUUCCACCAGAAGAGCGUGUCCUUAUGGAUUCCGAGUACAGGCUAAAAGACGCGGAAAACGAUUCCGAGGAAGCGUCUGAGGAAGAGCAAUCCAUUGCUGGGGAUAAGGAUAAUAAAGAAUCUGACGAAGAUGUAGACGAGAUUAGUGACCCUGAAGAAGAUCUGGACGAAGUUGAACAAAUCGAUGAAGUUAACGCUGAGAAAGAUCAGAAACGCUUGGAAAAGAAAAAACAAAUGAAAGUCAAGGCGGGUCAAGUGACAAAGGAAGAUCCUUGGGAGAAGGAGAAAAGAGAAAAGCAAGAAUACCGACUUCGUGAGAAGAUGAUUAAGAAGAAGCAUAGAAAUCUGUACAAGAGUAUGAUGAAGGGUCGCGAAGAAAGAGCCAAGGAAAUUUGGCUGUUGAGGAAGAAGAGAAGAAUCCACGACGAGACGGAAAAGGAAAAGCGAAAGGAAGCACGAAAAUUGAAGAAAAGUAUAGCCACGGAUUAGGAAAUUCAUGAAAUAUCAAACAUGAAAUUGAUUUCUAUACUGUGUCCUUGCAGUUUUCAAAAAUAUGUCACUGGUAUGUCCUUCAUGAUCCGCUAUACGAAAAAUAAUUUAAGUAAUCAUACAUGUAUAUCUUUACACCUGUCGAUAUUUGCAAUGUGUGAUUAUGAUUUGUUGACAAUAAAAUACACGUCGAUACGACAAUUCGUCCUUGAAGAAUGA